CAAAAGGUGCUAUUCAGGUUUUCUAGUUUAGAAAGGUAACAAAAUUUGAAAUUUGCAUGGUGAUCCUAUGCAGUUGCUGUCUUUCUUUCGUUGUUUAUGUCUGCGUCGAUAUCUUAGGACUCUCUUUGUUUCCCUAAAAAGUCAGCUUACUCGAAGAUUGCAUAAACCUUGAAAGAAGGAUUGCCACAAACAUCAAAUCAAGUACAUAAUAAGGUCAGUGUAUCUUGAUCAUGUCAUGUCAUGUGGUGGUAUGGGUGAGAUUUGAUUUCUGGACGUGUGAAUUUGGAAAGUUAGUCUAUCGAAAUCUGUCAUGGAUUCAAGGAUGUGACUCUUUUAAGCUCAAGGAGCUAGAUCAAAGCUAUUAAAGAUGAUUCAGUUGAGAUUUCAUGUCAAACUCCUCUGCCAUUACAGAUGAUUUGUUUUGAUGUUCGGAAGUAUAUGCUCAAAUGUUCUGCCAGUGAUGAUUCAGAAUUAUAAUUUUGACAAUCAUAGAUAUCUUCAUUUGCUGUCACACCCACUUGAAAUCCACUUUUUAUAAUCUAUUUUUUUCCCCUGCGUUUCCAAGAAAAUUAGUUGUUGCAGCAUUGUUGAACUUGCCUCUCCAUUGAUACCCUCCACCUUUCGGAAAAAGAUAAGAUACUAGCUACCUAAUUGUAUAACUAAAAUUGUACAUUGCACCUAGCUUGAUCCUCUGCCAACAACUAUAAAACCUGACUCUGUCCCUUCUUUACACAUCAAACACUUUUCUAACUAUGAUCAAGCUCAAUUUACAUUAACAUUUUUGUAUCAUUUCUAGCAUAUAACCCAAAAACAUAAACAUGAAGCAACAGUCAAUCUCCUCAUUUUUUAUUUUCCUUCUUUUCCUCCAAUGCACCAAUACCUUUGCCCAGUCACCAGCUGCAGCCCCAGGGCAGGCACCAGCAGUGGUUGUGGCACAACCUCCAGCAGCAACCCCAACACAGGCUGCUGCACCACAUGGCAUCACCAACGUAACCAAAAUCCUUGAGAAGGCUGGCCACUUCACGAUCUUUAUCCGCCUUUUGAGAUCCACCCAAGAGGAAAACCACUUGUUCUCCGCGCUAAAUGAUUCAAGCACUGGUUUGACCAUCUUUGCACCAACGGAUAGCGCAUUUUCGGAACUGAAAUCAGGAACUCUCAACACUCUAAGUGACGGAGACAAGUCUGAGUUAGUGAAGUUCCACGUAAUUCCAACAUUCCUCUCUACUUCCCAGUUUCAGACUGUAAGUAACCCUCUAGGUACAUGGGCUGGAACAGGCAGUAGGUUACCACUUAACGUGACAAGUUAUCCAAACUCAGUGAACAUAACCACAGGACUUACCAAUACAAGUUUAUCUGGCACCGUAUACACAGACAACCAGCUUGCCAUUUAUAAGAUUGAAAAGGUUCUUCUCCCUAAGGACAUUUUUGCUUCUAAUGCUCCAGCUCCAGCACCAGUGGCACCUGCACCAGAAAAACCGGCAAAGGCGGUUCCUGCGGCUAAUGAUGAGAGUCCUGUGGCUCCUGUGGAUAUAUCCAGUGCAGUUUGGUUUAUGCAUAAUAAUGUGGUGGGAUCAGUUGGUAUAGUUGCUGUUGCAGUGUUUGCUUUGUAAUGUCGAGAGUCCUGUGUCUCCUCUUUAUGGUUUGUCUGAGUUGGGUUGGAUUCAUGGAGUCUGUUGAAUAAUUAUGAAUUUAUUUUUAAUCCAGUUUUUAUU